GCAGCGGCGGGUGGAGCAGCGGGUGGUAAUUGGGUUAAGAUAAAUAAGUGCAUUUUCUGCACAAGACGACGGCGCUUAUAAAUAGGCAGGCACAACAACAGCACAACAGAACCCAGACACCGUACACCGAUUCAAUCCGAUCCGAACCACCCCCGGCCCGGCCAGUUGCGUUGUGCUGAAUGUCCUACUGGCGCUGGUUGUGGCUAGCCCUCAAAAUGAUCUACCAGCUUCUGUGCUGCUCCGUGAGCCUGAUCUUCUUCUGCUUCAACGUCUUCUGGCUGUUCUGCAAUCUGGCCAUACCCUGGUGCACCCUCACACUGGUCGUGGUCUGUGUCGCCUCCAAGUUUGUGAAGCUGCAGCGCAGUCCCAACGAGAAGCGUCUGCUCAGUCUACUGAGCACACCGGAGGAUAGACCCAGCUACUGGCCAAUCGCUAACCGGGCGGCCGGCUACGAUGCGCCCGAGAACUCCAAGGCAGCUAUCAAAAAGUGCCUCGCACGUGGAUAUCGAAACGUGCUUUUAGACGCCGGCCUCACAUCCUGCGGCGAAAUCGUGGUGGCCAACCCCAAGCGGCUGAACGUGCCCCAGCAACCGUUGACGGAGUUGCAGAAGCUGAACAUCAUGGACCAGCAUCCAAUGGGGUCGCAGUACGAGGCGGAAACGGUGGCUACACUCAGGCAGUUGUCGGACUUUCUGGACGCGGAGGAUGCGACUCAGGCCACCUUCUUUCUGCGGCUACACGACAACAGCCCUCGCAUGCUUGAUCAGCUGCAAAAGUUCAUGGCCGACAACGAGACGUUCACCCAACGCACAGUUGUGAUAAGUCGCUCCCCAUUGGCUAUAUACCAGCUGCGUAAGCUACAGCCAGAAAUCAUAUGUGGCCUGUGGCACGAGACCUAUUUGUCGCUGUCCAUCCUGAAGUCCUCUACACUGAUUACCUCCGUCUACGGCGCAAUCUUUCGAAACAUCAUUGCUCCCGUGAUCGGAAUUAGCGUGGUCUUUUUGAACAAAGAAGAGUUUAACCUUCACAUUGCCGACCUGUGGCGCAACGUUGGCGUUCGUCCAAUUGUCUAUAUGGUGAACUCGCCCAACGAGAAGCGCUACUUCCAAAAGACCAUGAAAAUCCAGUAUCUAACGGAUUCGUUGCGCUCAGAGCCGCACCUCCUUGUGAAAGCCUAGAGGAACGAACACAACGACCCAGGCAGACGCACAAAAAACUUAAACACAAAACUGUGUUUGCAUUUAGCGCAGCGCUUAGACCGUAGAUACAACUUGUUUUAGUGUCCCGUCGUCCACUUCCAUGUGUUUUAUAGAAGCUUUAGAAAGUAUUAUUCGAUAUUUGCUAGCACCCACAGCACCAGUGAGAUCAAAGCUAUGAUUUAAUUGUAUAUUUAUGUUUAAAUAGGUUCUGUGCUUUAUUUUAUUUAUAUCGACCACCCGAUUUAUUUCGGUAUGCUAUUUAUUUUGUUAUGUAUGGCUUUAUAUUUUUUAUACCCGCCGCGAAAUGUUCUCAAAGUUUGUAUAGGCUUAUACAUAUACAGUGUACAAUAUUUCUACCUUUAUACUCAACACACAACCGUAUGUGUAUGUCUUUUUGAUGUGCUUUAUACUUACAUAUACAGAAUUCGCUAUGGUUUUGAGUCCCCUGAAAAGGUGUCCUUGUCUCAAAAUCCCUUACAAGUAAUUGCCUAAACCUUAGAAUUUAUGUAUGUCAGUAUACCAAAAAUACGAAAUAAUUAAAAAUUGAUACGAUUCGAUGAUACGACACGAAAAAAUA